GCCUACUCCAGAGAAAUCGAAACCUAUGAGUGCGAUAAACGUUCAAAGUCACUUUGCAUUUUUUGUGAGUCUAGAGCACACUUCCUGCAACUCAGAAAAACUGCACGAUUCCAGUUCGGACAAUGGCUUUUAGUCACCAGUCACCUUUUUACAACCCAAAAAUCCCCUUUACUGGAUCAAUCCAUGGUGGUCUGCGGGAGGGGAAGUCCAUCAGCGUCAGUGGACGAGUCCUGCCUGGAGCCGACAGGUUCCAUGUGAAUUUACAGUGUGGCUCCAGUUCCAAUGCAGACGUUGCUCUCCACGUUAACCCAAGGUAUGACAAUCACCCGGGUUAUGUGGUGAUCAACACCUUCCAAUAUGGCAGCUGGGGCACUGAAGAGAGGAGGUACACCUCUCCAUUUCCUGCUGCCUCAACCUUUAACCUGCUCAUCACAGUUUCCCGCGAAUCCUACCAGCUGAGUGUCAAUGGUUGCCACUUCAUGGAGUACAGGCAUCGUAUUCCAUUUCUCCAGGUGGACACCAUCUCAGUAAGCGGGAAAGUAGAAAUUUCCUCCAUUGGCUUCCAGGAUACUGUGCCUGCGUUCGCUGCAAGUGUAGCCUAUCCCUCGCAGGCUGCAUUCCCUGCGUUUCCAUCUCAGCCUGGUUUCCCUUCACAACCUGGAUUCCCUUCACAGCCUGGAUUCCCAUCACAGCCUGGUUUUCCUUCACAGCCUGGAUUCCCAUCACAGCCUGGAUUUGCUCCUGCAAUGCUUACUGUUCCAUACAGGAGCAUAAUCAGUGGUGGACUUAGUCCUGGAAGGACCAUCACUGUCCAGGGAACUCCUCACCCUAAUUCUACAAGAUUUCAUGUGAAUCUUAGCUAUCAUUCUGGCAUUGCCCUGCAUUACAAUCCACGUUUCAACGAGAACACUGUGGUUCGAAACACGAAGCAGAGUAAUCAGUGGAACACUGAGGAGCGCAGUGGAGGGAUGCCCUUCUACAGGGGACAGCCUUUCACGAUGACCAUCUGUUGUGAGGGUCAGUCCUACAGGAUUGUGGUCAAUGGGAUGCAGGCACACACCUUUAGGCACCGUUUCCCUCGGCUCCAAGAAAUUACCACCCUGGAGAUCGAAGGUGAUGUCAGUCUGACCUCUGUGAUAGUGUAGAGAAAGGACCUGUCACUGGUUUUGAUAUCUUACACAUAAACUGGCAUCCCUGACAGCUAAUUUUACAUUUAUCAAUGAAUUAAUGGAUUAAUGCUAAUAAUGCUAAUGCUAAUGGAUUACUUUGACUAUUUACUGGAUUGUAUUUGCUUCCUGUGUAUUCAUGCUUCAAAUAAUCAUUUUCAUUUUUGCAUUAUUAAGCUCUACAUUUCCUGGAAAUAUUGAUUCUUAAAUAAAAAAUGUACCAAUGGUUA